AUGGCGACUUGCAUUGAAAACAUGCGAAAACACUUUCAGCAAAACAAGAGAAUACGAGAGCACACGGCGCACGACUCCAAAGUUCACUCCGUGGCGUUGAGCUGUGACGGACGGCGCCUGGCCUCGGGGUCCUUUGACAAAACUGUCAGCGUUUUCCAGCUAGACAAUGACAGAGACCGAAUGGUCAAAGACUGCACAUUUCGUGGACAUAGCGACAGUGUUGACCAGCUGUGUUGGCAUCCAAAGCAUCCGGAUCAGUUGGUGACAGCUAGUGGAGACAAGACAAUACGAAUCUGGGACGCCCGGACCAAUCGUUCUGUGGCCACUGUCAAUACUAAAGGUGAAAACAUAAACAUCUGCUGGUCACCAGAUGGCAGCACUAUAGCUGUAGGCAACAAGGAUGACCUAAUUACAUUUAUUGAUGUCAGAAGUCACAGGUCAAAGGCCGAGGAACAGUUUAAGUUUGAGGUCAAUGAGAUCUCGUGGAACAAUGACGGGGACCUGUUCUUUUUGACGAGUGGGCAAGGCAGCAUAAACAUACUGAGCUACCCAGAUUUAAAACUCCAGCACACCCUGAAGGCUCACCCUGCUAACUGUAUCUGUAUCAAGUUUGACCCCAAGGGAAAGUACUUUGCCACUGGUAGAGCGGACGCCUUGGUCAAGGCCAGUCAGAACUCUGAGCUUCAGCCAUGA